UUUCAUGUCUCAUUCGUAAACAACGGAGUAGCCAGGGAUUUAGCUUUCUGUUUAUUUUUUAUUAAGUAUUCCUUUUUGGCCUUUAUAUUCGUUUCUUUGGGGACGACUUUCAUUUUGGUUUUCCACGCGCGCUCAAACAGUUAUUUAGAGUUCUACUUGUUCUACGUUAAGUAUAUCUAUCAAAAUGGCAACAAAAGAAGACAAAUCCCAAUCCUGGAAACGGCCAGACGAGCUUAUGCGCUUGCAAAGACUUAAACAAAAGAAGAAACAACUUGCGGCACGUUUUAAUUCCAACAACAAUAAUAACAAUGCAAAAUUUGCAAUCACAGAGACUGAUAAGUCUUCACUUUUGGAGGCUAAAAUGGCACAGAAACGAAAGAACCCAUUUGCAAAAUCAACAGAAAAUUCAAAAAAACCAAAAACAGAUUUAGAGUCUGAGGACUCGCUAAUGGGUUUCAUCAGUUCACCAGCUUUGCCCAAAAAGGAAACAUUUGUCAAGGAAACUCCAACACGUCCCCCUCCAGCGAAAUUAGUCUUACAACCGUUUGAUCCAAACGCAUUUUCGAAACUGCUACAACAAUCAGCGCCAGGUCAAGAAGAUGAAGAUGUGGUAGUGGAGCAAAAUAUAACGAAACAUUUGCCAAUGGACUGGAGCAUAAAAAGUCGUGUUCGAUUCUUUUGUUGUACAGAUCUGCCAGCAACUCAAUUGAAAACCAGUCAACUGGCCAGUGGACUAACGAGUUUUGUUCGUUGCUUAGACACACAGAAGGAAGAGGAAAACGGUCUCGACAUAUCACCUGCUACAAGAUUUAAUCAGGCAACCUAUUAUUGGCAACAUCCUCAUAUUCCUUGGAUGACGUUGUUUCCGCGUAACGCUCGGGAAAAUGCUGGCAUAACUGUUGGUGAACGCGAAAGGAAAGCUCUGGCCGAGGACUGGGAUUACAGUUUUCGAGGACUAUUUCAGUUACUGAGGGCAAGGCAAUGCGCUUACUUUUACCUUUGUGCUAAUGGUUUCACAGUGCUUUUUCGUGCAGCUGGAACAGGAGGAAGAGCUGAAAUUCAUGCUUUAAUGUCGCCAUCAACCAGAGGAAUGCGCCAUGCUCUGCGUCAAGAGGGCAUUGAAUAUACUAUGCCCCUAAAAAAGGAUGGAGGUGGCCUAAAUAAGUCCGUGGAAGGGGAAAAUAGCAAUUCUCCACCAACAAAUGGAAAUUUAGCCAACUCCGAAGGUACAAACGAAAAGGCAGAAAAUUCAGAAAAGCUUUGCAAUGGAGAUGAUGCUGAAGAAAACGCUGAUGAUGAUGACGACGAUGAGGAAGAAGGUGAUGAUUGGCUACACAGUCUGGGUGUCGACGAAAAAGAAAUACGGAAAAUACAAACGGCUCACCAACGAAAAUUAAAAGCCCAGGAAAUGUCGGAGGACUUUAGUGAUAACUCACUGCUGCUUAUAGAAGGUGUUGAAUGUCAAGGCUUCUUCAGUUUUUUGCUCAAUGCAAAGAGUACGAUAAGCUCGAUCGGUCGUUUAGCUGGGGUCCCUCCGACCUUGUUAUCUCCAGUCGCAUUUCCCAAGGCGACAAUGAUGCAUUUAAAUACCCGUUCAAGUAAAGUACGAAUGGACGGUGUCGACUACUUUAGCAUCGAAGUAAAGGGUACAAUACUACCAUCAUUUCUUCCCUAUAUCUGUCACCUGCUCGGAGAGACCAAGGACACUUUUAGUGCAACGUUAGCCUCAUCGAUGCACACCUUGGCUUUUAGCAAAGCCACGCAUAAGCUUCUUGUUGAUGAUUCUGCUGGUCAGAAUCAAGAUAAAAAAGACGAAAGUGAGCAGCAGAAUGCAGAGAUAGAAAAUGCUGCUGGUCAAGUAUUUGGUAAAGAAAAUCUCUCGGAUUGUGGUUUGCAACCGUAUGUGGUGGAAAACAUGUGUCGUACGGGCAAUCAAGCAGUUACACUUUUGGAACGUGUCUGUUAUGAUAAAGAAUAUGGGUUUGCAUGGAGCUAGUUAAGUUUAUUAUCGUGCUUUGUCCACUUCACUAGCAAUUAAAUUAUGUCAUUUUACUCGUUGUUGUAUUUAUGUUAUAAAACAUCUCCACGAAUGUUAAUUAAAACUUAGCUCUUAUUUUAUGGUAGUAAUAA